AAGCGACGGCGGAUACCCGCCGUGUGGCAGCUGCUUAAGGACAAUGUCUUGGCGCAUAGGAAGCGCAAAGUGCAGGACGAGGAUGAUAUUAUGAUAUGCCACUGUAAGCCCCCCUGGCGUGGGGGAGAUGGCUGCGGGCCAGACUGCAUUAACCGGAUGCUAUGCAUCGAGUGUGUGCCGGGGUUCUGCCCCUCGGAGGAGAAGUGCACCAACCAGAUGUUCUCAAAGCGGAUGUACGCCAACCUGGAAAUUCGGCGAGCCGGAGCUAAGGGAUUUGGGCUUUUUGCGCUGGAGGACAUUAAAGCGGGGCAAUUCAUCAUCGAGUACAUCGGUGAAGUGCUGGAGGAGGACGAAUACCAGCGGCGGAAGGAGUACUACAUGUCCGUGGGCCAGCGGCAUUACUACUUUAUGAACAUUGGGAACGGGGAGGUCAUCGACGCCUGCCGAAAGGGCAACAUCUCACGCUUCAUCAACCACUCCUGUGAGCCAAAUUGCGAGACACAGAAGUGGCUCGUGAGGGGUGAGCUCGCCAUUGGGCUGUUUGCCGUGCGCGACAUCCCGAAAGACACGGAGCUGACCUUUGACUACAACUUCGAGCGCUACGGGGAUAAGCCCAUGCGCUGCUACUGCGGAUCGACCAACUGCCGGAAAUUCAUCGGCGGCAUGCAGGUUGUGGCGCGGGCUAUAUGGGUUGUGACUUGCCGCCAGGACUUAAGAAAUUUUGCAUACUGCCCAGGCCAGGAUAGCGGAUUAAUUGGCACCAAAAGGUUCUUGGCACUUGCCUAA